AUGACAUAUGUCCUUCGUGAUGCAAUGGGUAACGACGGAAGAGAUAGUCAGAGACAACGAGUUGAAGCACCGAGUCACCCAACCAUUCCAGUCGUUGGUUGUGCCCUUUCGUCAAAUCAUUGUGUGGAACAUUGCGACGAAUUCGGAGCACUUCCAUACAUUGCUUUUGAGAACAAUCGAUCACAUGCUCCAAGUCCUCCAUCCAGAUAUACAGCAGCCACAACAGCUUCGAAUGCAUUCGCCAACGCGUGUUUCCAUUCAGCUUCAUUAAUGAGAUCAGCUCCAUGCGCAUAUUGUAACAUCUCAUCUAUUCGACAGUUUUUGGCAAGCGGAAAUGAGUGGAGUGUAGGCGGCCAAUGGGAAGUGGAUUCUUGGGUAUGGGACCAAGUUGGUUUGGAACUCGAUGAGAUCAACAUUGAGGGCUCCAUCGAAACGAAGAGAGGCAGUGAUCGAAGACACAACUUGGGAGAUGAUACGGUUCAAGUUGGUGUAGCUUGGACGAUCAACGCUGAGGUUUCUACGGCAGAUAUCGUAGAUGGCUUCGUUGUCAACCAUGAAGGCACAGUCGGAGUGCUCAAGGGUGGUAUGGGUGGUAAGAAUAGAGUUGUAUGGCUCAACAACAGCGGUCGAAACUUGUGGAGCUGGGUAGAUGGAGAACUCCAACUUGGAUUUCUUUCCGUAGUCGACAGAAAGACGCUCCAUGAGAAGAGAGAAUCCUUGGAGUCCGCUGCAGUUAUCAGCAAGACGGCGGAUUCUGUCGAGAACGGUGUCGAUCAAUUCCUUUCCGACGGUGUAGUGACCACGAGCAUAAUUGUUGGCGGCGUCUUCCUUUCCGGUGAUCAUCUGCUCUGGGUGGAAAAGCUGCUUGUAGGUUCCCGUGCGAAUCUCGUCUGCAAAUCGUCAUUCUUGAAUCGUGCACGUCCACAUGUGAAAGAUAUUAACUUACCAACAACAGUUGGCUCGAGAUCGACGAAGAUCGAGCGUGGAACAUAUCUUCCGUUUCCAGUAUCCGAGAAGAAAGUGGUGAAGGACUCUCCAUCGGCUUUCUGGUCGGAUGGCAUAGUUCAGUAA